GUGGAAAAUCGAAAAAUAUCGCAUGACAUACGGCAUCUCUCGCCUUCGAGCGUCCUUACGGAAAAACUUCGAACUGCAGCGAGCGCGUCGCCUGCGUCUCUCCUUUUUGCUGAAAAAAGAAAAAUCGUCUAGUGCGGAAUUAUCUGAUAUCAAGGUAUACAAACGAAAUACGAAGCGUUCAUGAUCGGACAUGAUUGUCCGCGCCGGUCGAGUCAUGCAACGCAGGUAGACGCGAUGUCGUCAUCGGAGGCGAUACGCUAUCGGAGAUUGAAAGAGCUAUGGCGCCGCAGAGUCUAGGAAGGAAAGAAGGAAGGAGAGAAAAGGAAAAAAUUGAACGUUUUCAGUAUAUAAGUAAGGCGAGAAAACGCGGAACUUUAUUCAUUUGAGUUUGCUCGAAAUCUUCAUUUCGGCUUCGGUACAAGUAUUCGUCGUUGUUGUGACCAGUGUUCAACUAGUUCUCGGUAAAAAAGUGAUAAAAAUGGCCGCCACAAAAAAAGUAUCCAGUGAACGGAAAAAGCUAACCGAUUUUGUUAAAUCUACUCACGUUUGUGAUAUUAACAAAUCGGGCCUCAAGACCGACUUCGAUAGAAGAAACGAUCAGCGAUAUUUAUUAUUAUCGACGACGUACGGGCUUAACGCAUCGUAUACUAAGAAGAUUCACGUGGGAUUGCAGGCGACGAGCGAAAAUUGCUUUGUACCGAUUGUAAAAUUAACAGGCAAUUAUGCAGAUGGAAUAUGUCUCGACACCGACACCUGGCAGCAAUUUCAAAUCAGCAUGGAGCAGAUGAAGCAGUAUUUGUGCGAGAAUCAAAAAUCCAAACCAAGUCCGAUUAUUAUCAACAAUAUUUCCAUCGGCUUCACAACCGCUUACGGAACAAGGGCAGUGAUAGUGAGUUAUAAGGAAAAUGCGGGACAACCGGCGAAUAAUAACGAGACGGAGGAGCAGCCCCGUUGA